AUGGAAAGGAUGCGAUUGCAGGAAAUGGAAAAAAAGAGGCAGCAGGAGAGAGAGGAAGAGGAACGAAGGAAGAAAAUAGAGGAGGAGAGAAGAAGGAGAGAACACGAGGAAAAAGAAAGAAUGGAAGAACGAGAAAGAAAAAGAUUGCAAAAUGAAAUCAGAAAACUGCAGGAGAGGAGGGAGGAAUUGGAAGGAAUGAAGGAUGAACUGAUGGCCAGACAAAAACUCCUAACUGAUCAAAGAAACAAUUUUAAAAACAACGGUAAAAAUAGUGCCAAAGAAAUUUGGAGGAAGAAAUAUUUGAAUGAGAAAAAAUCGACCAGCACUCUCGAUGAACAGAACGGAAAACUGAAGAAGGAAUUAAGUGCAUUAAAUAAUAAAAUAAUAAUAACAGCAUCACAAAAUAUGUUUAAUAAUAAUAAUAAUUCUAAAAAUAAUAAUUUUAUUUUUAAUAAUAAUAAAAAGAAUGAUAAUAAUGUUAGUAGGAAUGAGUGUAAAGAGAAUCCGGAGUUAACUAAUGAAGAAAUUAUUGACUGUUAUAAACUGCAACAUGAACUGUUUGAAACCAGUGACAAACUAGAAAACACAAAAAUCAAGCUGAUGGCUGAGAUGAAGCUGAGAUUGCAAGUUGAGAAAGAAAUCGGCUACAUGCGAGGCGAAAUUGAGAGCAAAAAGUCAAAAUUGUCACACUUGAAGAAAUAUAAAUCAGAUAUUUUACAUUCAGAGUAAUAAAUUGAACGAAAAAUUAAUCUUGAAAUGAUCGAUACAAUUGAAGUGACUGUUAGGUGUUAUUGCAUUGAAUAAUAAAGUGAUUGAAAUGAUUGAACUAGCAAUUGUUUUUGCCGAUUUUAAAUUUAAAUGCAUAAUGAUGAUGAGUUCAUAAAUAAUGAUGAC